AAUUCGUCACAUCCGGUAAAACUUCAAAAAUUGCGAAAAAUAUGGCAAGUUCUGGAAACUGGUCCGUUGUUGGGAAAACAACAAAGAAAGGGAAGCCUUCAGGGUCUCCUUUGACGAAAUCUCAAAAGAAACAGUUCAUGGAAAAUAUGCCUAGAAUAAUUCCAGCAGACCCGAUGCAAGAGUCAUCUACAAUCUAUGAUGCCUUUGUGCAGAAGGAACAGCAGCGUUAUGAGAAGAAAAUGCAAGAAAAGUUUGCUGAGAAGAUUGAGGCUGGAAAGGAGCCUAAUGGGAAGGGCAUCUCUGAUGGUGGCAUGAAGAAAAAACACGUCCAAAAGACCAAGAAGGACCAGCCACAGAAGAAGAAACCAUUUGAAGAGGCAAUUAAACAGGUUUCAGAGGAGGAUUUGCGAUCAGUUCUGCUGCAGUCUAAAGGCCACUUCCCUGACAAGCCCGACCUCUGGCUCAAGGACCUGGUCACCUUUCUCAACAUGAAGCUUGAGAACUGCAUAGAGUCCGAUAAACAUCUUCAGCCAGAUGCAACCGAUUUCCCAGCAUCAUCUCUAAAGAAGGGAUGUACACGUGUGUUGACAGGAGCAAUGUCAGCAGGAUCACUAGCCACUCUUGACCAUGUUCUGUAUUUCUGUGUGAACACCAUGCUGGAAGAAGGCCAGGCAGGAGUACCCACGUUCGGCUAUAAGAUCUUUAUACAGCUCCUUGUCCGCACAUCCUCGGACACAGUUCUCACGAAGCUCCAACAGUACCAAGAGCUAGUACGGAGCUGUCAGAAUCGUCCAGACCGUUGCCUGUCUGUUUUGUGGGCUCUGGGACAGGUCGGGUAUCCUAGUCUUAAGGCCGGACUCCGUGUGUGGCUGGACCUCAUGUGUCCCCUCCUGGGCAACAAGGCUCUGGGUGGCUACUGUAUGCAGUACCUGGAAACAAUCCUCAGGUUACAUGCUGGUAAGCUGGAAUCUGGCCAAGGGGUGAUAACACUGAAGGAGUUCUUCACGAUCCAUGACCUUUCGUACGGAUCCAUGCUGCCUUCCGACAUACAAAAACGCGUGCUAGCUCUCUACCCUCAGAUUAAGACGCUGGCCCAGGGAUCGAAGAACAAAAGUACGACCCUACGGAAUUUUUUCCCAUCCUACCUGGUCAGGGCAAAGUCUGACACCUCAAAACAGCUGCGAGCAGAGGUUUUGUCGAGCAUGGUUGAGUGCCUGUCGGUGGAUCAGCAGUGUUUCCCCAUGUGGUGUCAGCUAUACCAGAAGCACAUGACCCAGUCACGCCUGCUGCUGCUCCAUCUCUCUGAUAACUGGGAGAAACUGCGUGCUCGUGUAGAUGGGAAAAUUUUACAGCAGGCACUGAUGACAUUUCUCCGAACCAAUGAGGAGACGACAGGCAACAAGAGUGCUGAUGAGCUGGCUGCCAUGAACACAUUGUGUGAAGAUUUCUUAAAGAAGCUAUCUAAGCCUCGAUUUCCGUGGCGCUGGGUGAUGCUUGCCUUGGUUACCAUGGUGAUAGGUGUGGUGGCUUAUGACAUCAUGUCAAGCAAGACUCUGAAAGAGUCUAAGACAGUUCAGUUCCUGGAGAUGUAUGGGGUGUUGGGGGUGCUAGAGCAGGCCUGGGAUCACCUGUAUACCUACACUUCUAUGGCUGCAAGCUGGCUGCAGGUAAAUGUUCCUGUUUACAUGAGCCAGGCCCGGGCUGCUGGUGCUCCAGUUGUGACAAGGGCAGGCGAGUACUUGGGCAGGCUUGAAGAGGCUACCAGGGAAAACAGGCAACAGGCACUCAACAAGGUGUAUGGCCUGGCCCCAGAAAUGUGGGAUCAGCUGGGGAUUUACAUCCAUCUCUGCUGGGAUUUCAUCCUGGAUUAUACCUACUGGGUCCAGGGUCACAUAGCAAACCUCUACAUAUAUGUCUACCAUUGGGUAGACACUAAUGUUUUACAAGGUGAUUUUUCAUCAAAGAAUAUACAGGAAAAUGUUUCCUGGUCAGCUUCUAAGGUGCAGAAUUUAACAUUGUCCGCUUUCCAGUGGUGUCAGCAGUGGUGGGUGAAGACGUAAUCACUCAAGCAUACAAGGAGUAUAUAUGUUAAAUAUGCAAGCAAUCUGCGUUCAUAUGUUUUUGUUAAAAGCAGUGUCUGUCAUUGGUCUACUCAGCUUUGCCAAUGUUGCAAGGUAACAUUGUUGUUACUGCUGUUUGCACAUUGUCACACUACACCACUAGUCUUACCCUUUGUUGUGGGCACAAAAUCUUUGUUGAAGUUGUUCAAAAUUUGAAGAAAAAAAAGUUUAGUUUUUUUCUGAAAUUCUUGUAAAUUAAAAUGGUCAUAGAAGAAUAGUUUUGGAUACACAGAUUGUAGGCAUAUUUGAUGUUCGAUAAAUGUGAUCUGAAAGAAAUAAUAAUGUUACUUACUAAAGGAUUUUUGUAAUAUUGUCUGAUAUUUGUGAAAUAUUGUUUAGUUUUGUGUUCUUGUUGUUCCUAACAGCCUCAGUUAUUUAUAUUAAUGGUGAUUGUAUGUGGGUGUAGGAAUAAUGACAUUGUUUCCUAUUGAUACCUGAAGGAAUUAAGAUAACUGUUGGAGAGUAAAAGUUUCCGUUUUCCCUAUUUUUUUUUCAAAUCAAUUAAUACUCUUUAUCUGUCCGUUUGUAAAAAGUAGAGUUGCCACACCUACGUUCUGACUGGUUUUCUUUCAAUAUCUCACAUUGUGUUCCAUGUUUGUUGCCAAAGUUUUAAAGAUAUUUGUUAAACCCACCUGGUGGGAGAAAAGAAUUCAAUGCAAUUGAUGAUUCAUAUUUAUACAUGUAUUCAAUAUAAAAUAAAGUUGACAGCAUUUAA